CCUCCUCCUCCACCACCACCCUUCCGGAAGUGUAGCCGCCCUCGCGCCCACCAGCGGCCACCUCCUGAGCAGGCCCCGCCCCUAAGGCCCGCCCCCCAAAUCUCCGCCCCCUCCGCCAGUGGUGGCGCCGGGUUGCAGCGCCGGUCGUGGCGGUUUCGGUGCCCGAAGCCGGGAGCGCGGAGUCGUUCCCGGGAGCGGCGGCCAGGCUAUGAUCGUGGGUCCCCGGCGUCCCGCUCCGGCUACCCAGAGUCGGUGUCUCACCCUGUGUCCGUACCCGAGCGUUCUCUUCAGCCCAGUCCCGCGGCGCGGUUGGCGGCGGCGCCCACGGCGCGCCCCCUCCUCCGAUGGCGGCAGAGAUUCAGCCCAAGCCGCUGACCCGCAAGCCGAUCCUGCUGCAGCGGGUCGAGGGGUCCCAGGAGGUGGUGAAUAUGGCCGUGAUCGUGCCCAAGGAGGAGGGCGUCAUCAGCGUCUCAGAGGACAGGACUGUUCGUGUGUGGUUAAAGAGAGACAGUGGACAGUAUUGGCCAAGCAUAUACCAUGUAAUGCCUUCUCCAUGUUCAUGCAUGUCUUUUAACCCGGAAACAAGAAGACUGUCCAUAGGUCUAGACAAUGGUACAAUCUCAGAGUUUAUUUUAUCGGAAGAUUAUAACAAGAUGACUCCUGUGAAAAACUAUCAAGCACAUCAGAGCCGAGUGACGAUGAUCCUGUUUGUCCUGGAGCUGGAGUGGGUGCUGAGCACGGGACAGGACAAGCAGUUCGCCUGGCACUGCUCCGAGAGUGGACAGCGCCUGGGAGGCUAUCGCACCAGUGCUGUGGCCUCGGGCCUGCAAUUUGAUGUUGAAACCCGGCAUGUGUUUAUUGGUGACCACUCAGGCCAAGUAACCAUCCUCAAACUGGAGCAAGAAAACUGCACCCUGGUCACAACAUUCCGAGGACACACAGGUGGGGUGACUGCUCUCUGCUGGGACCCCGUCCAGCGGGUGCUGUUCUCGGGGAGCUCCGAUCACUCUGUCAUCAUGUGGGACAUCGGCGGGAGGAAAGGAACAGCCAUCGAGCUCCAAGGACACAAUGACAAAGUCCAGGCCCUGUCCUAUGCACAGCACACGCGGCAGCUCAUCUCCUGUGGUGGUGACGGUGGGAUUGUCGUCUGGAACAUGGACGUGGAACGGCAGGAGACCCCUGAAUGGUUGGACAGCGAUUCCUGCCAAAAGUGUGACCAGCCCUUUUUCUGGAACUUCAAGCAAAUGUGGGACAGUAAGAAAAUUGGCCUGAGACAGCACCACUGCCGGAAGUGCGGGAAGGCGGUCUGCGGCAAGUGCAGCUCCAAGCGCUCCUCCAUCCCUCUGAUGGGCUUCGAGUUUGAAGUGAGAGUGUGUGACAGCUGCCACGAGUCCAUCACAGACGAGGAACGUGCGCCCACGGCCACCUUCCAUGACAGCAAACAUAACAUCGUGCACGUGCAUUUUGAUGCCACCAGAGGAUGGCUACUGACUUCGGGAACUGACAAGGUUAUUAAGUUGUGGGACAUGACCCCGGUCGUGUCUUGAUGCCUCCCAGGCAUGAGAAAGAUAGUAUUUACUCAAGAAUCCCAAUCAUUACUGGAGCCGUAAAGCAGAUGUGUGGAUAGGAGGAGAGAAGCUGCAGAGCUGAGCUGAGUUCGCGCGUCACCUGCACACGCGGCGGUGACCGGCGAGCGGUGAGCGAGCUCUUGUGAGGGAACUCUUUCGUCUUGUUCAUACGAUAUAAAAGAAGAUAUUUUUUUAGAAAAUGGUUUACACAGUCUGGCUGUGCUACCUUGUUUUGAGUAUCCUGAAAACUCAGUGUGGACUGUUAGAGUUUUGUAGUUUGCAGAUACUUCAUGUUGGUUGUUUUGUGUGUUGGAGAAAUGAGGGAUGGGGUCUGUUGGGGGUCUUUGGGGUCGUCGUAGCAUAGUUUCCAUGCUUUCUUCCACUGGGCACGCAUCCUGUGGUCGGCAUCUUUUUCUUCUCGCCUCCGUCUGCCGGGCCCCAGAGCGAACGUCUUCGCCUUCGCAGCGUAUCCGCGGUGUUUCCGUCUCCAUCGAGGGGCUGGGAAAACCCUUUGUGUGCGUUUCCCAACUCACUUCUGAAUCACCUGAAGAAGGAUCCGUUGGUGACGUCUCGGUCAUUCGUGUUCUCGUGGAAUGGAAAUGACCUUGUGUUUCCGCCCCGGUUUCUCUCUGUCUUUCCCGCAUUUAACAAGAUGCUGUGAGAAGGCCACUCCCGGCGGCAGAGCCAGACUGUCGUAGCCCAGCCCUUCACCUCGCAGUGCCUGGAGCAUUUCUCAAUUCAGUUGGAGCCUUCUGAGCCUUUGAUGUUUUAGUUUUAUUAACACAGCUCUCUGUCGCUCAUGAUAUUAAACACGAAACCUGUGUCCUUGGAGGAUGUUGCCUUUGAGAUGUGUUUUUCUGUGUGAUGCCACCUCGGAACCUGAACACGCCCAGCGCGGUGAGGCUGCGUCCUGCUUUAUUCCUCACCACUGGUAUUUUCUUCCCCUUUCGAAACUAGGUAUUUAAAGAUUUCUGUCUUCAUGUAUUUUAUCAGAACACUCUGCACACUUUCAUACAAACCUGUGUGAUCUGAGACAUGAAAGGUACCGAGUCCUCCCGCUCAUGCUGUGUUUCUGUCGGGGAUGAGAGAGGAGGCCGGGGGAGGCUUGAGAGAAUGAACCGGCAGAACUCUCAUUUUAGGGGAAUCUCAUCAAACUUGAUAAAUUGAAAUAUUCUUGUGUGUAGUGACAACUUGGAAUAUUGAAGUCCUUUUUAAACAUCUUAUUUUCACCUAUAAAAAUAGAAUUUAAAUUAGCAGCAGGCAUGUGCUAUCUGCCUGCCGUCGGAAGCACGUAGCGUGCACCGCCUCAUUCAGCCCUUACCUGCCAGGAGCAGCAGGGGAUCCCUGAGUCCUUCGGGCUCGGGCUCAUGGGGUUAAACAAAGCCUUGCAGAUGAACCGGCCAAUUACGUGCCCUUCCCUGUCUGAGCCCUGCCUCUGCAGUAUCUUGUUCUCUUGCAAUUUGACAAAUUGGGGAUGGUAGUAUUUGAGAACCUAUGUUUUGCUUUUUCCCCUCGUGAUCGUGAAUGAGUUUUAACUGGGAUUGGGACUGUUGGCCGUGCUUGACACCAUCCCCACCACUGACCAGGUGUGCUUCCUGGGCACAGGGCUUCCUCGAAAUCAUUCUAUUGCUGUGGCCAUUGGUGUGCUCCCUGCAGCCAUGGUAUGCGACAACCCACGUGACCACAGUCUAAGGUGGUGUGAACACACACACACAAGCAGUGACCAGAUGUCACUUAGCUGGCCCUUCCACACGCCCUUGCUUGCCGUCAGUCAAAGCCAUUGUAACUAACUUGAGUCUCUUCUGCAUGACUGCUCUGCGCGAGGGCUUUAAAAAGGGAAUUCAGGAGUUCCCGUCGUGGCGCAGUGGUUAACGAAUCAGACUAGGAACCAUGAGGUUGCGGGUUCGGUCCCUGCCCUUGCUCAGUGGGUUAAUGAUCCGGCGUUGCCAUGAGCUGUGGUGUAGGUCGCAGACGCUGCUCGGAUCCCGUGUUGCUGUGGCUCUGGCAUAGGCUGGCAGCUACAGCUCCGAUUAGACCCCUAGCCUGGGAAACUCCAUAUGCCGUGGGAGUGGCCCAAGAAAUGGCAAAAAGACAAAAAAAAAAAAAAAAAAAAAAAAAGAUAAAAAGGGAAUUCAAUUUAAAAUAUUUAAACAUCUAUUUUGUAGUUUACUGCUAGGACCUGGAGCCACUUACCAAGUGUAUGUGAUAAAAGAUGCAUGUGUGGGAAAUAAUAGAAAUGAACGCUGUUUACCCUUCCUGAACUUGGGAGCUUGGCCUGUGUGCAGAGGCAAAUGGUGAUCAGGAGUCGUGCAUCAGGCUCCCAGCAAAGCUGACAGGGACCUGGGCUGGGUUGAGAUGAGCUCACACCCCAGUAGAGAAGCUGACGGUCCCUGUUGGAUGACAUGUGACACUGGGGUCCCUCUGGUCUGUAACCCUGCAUGCCAGCCAUCCCCUCCCAGCAUGGCUGUACCCCGGCCCACAGAGCCACUCAGAGGUUGAAACCGCUUAACACCUCAUGGGUGACAAGAGUCUCGCUCAAAAUUCACAGAUAUGUUAAGUAUCCAUGGCUCUGUUCUUAUCUGUGUAGAUGCCUGAUUGGUGAGAAGCGCUUAGCAAACCGUGUAUGCUUAGAGUACUGUGAAUUCUUGAGUUUGACGUUGUCUCCCCCAUUUCUGUAACUCAUAGCUGUGGGUUGGUGUUGGGGUGCCUUCUGAACCCUUUAUGGAGUAGAUGCUUCCUUCCUCAGGAGAGAAGGCUGGCGCCGGCGCCUGGCUUUUGUACUAUCUGGGUUACGGCUCUAGUUCUCGCCUCACGCGCUGGAACUGCACUUUAAUGUCUUGGUCUGUUACUUCAACACACAGGUUCAGGCAAGUAGUGCCCAACACAGCGAUGCUGGGAAAGCGGCAGAACCACACGCCAUGCACCUGACUGUCCUUUAUUCGGGAGGACAGGACCAAUCACAGGCUGUCCAUUUCUUCAAAGAAAUGUCAUUACUGGAACAUUUAGCUGCCUGGGUUGUCGCCACAGUACCAAAGUGGCUUUAGAUGAAGUACUUGGAAUCGUGUGUCUUUUUUAAUGAGGUCAGUCAACCAUGACAUAUCUCUCAUUUGAUUGUUUGAAUUAUUCAAAGAAUAAUCAUAAAACUGGAGGGGAUCUUCAGACAGCUAGGAGGUUCCAAGCACAAAACAGUGUCGUCUCACCAAGUAGUUAGACAUAGCUGAGGUGUAAACAAGGGCACUCUAACAGAAGAAUCUUUGCGGAACCACUGUCUCUGAACAUUAACUGGUUAUUGCGGGGGCGGGGUGGGGGGGAGGAGUGCAGCCUUGAGGCCGGGGGCUGUCCUCAGAGGUGACUGCAGAGCCUCCUUUGGCCCCAGCCCUGGGGUUCCGAGCACUGAGUGAGUUACUGCAGGGCUUCAGCAACUCCUUCCCACGUGCCUCCACACGGGGCACCCCAGCCGCAGCGCAGCAGUGGAAAUCCCAUUCCGUGAACGCAUCGCAGCCUCUGGCUGCGGGCAGACCCCUAGCGAACCUCCUCGUUGCCCUUUUUAUGAAAGAUCACCUUUUCCUGUUUUGAGAUUCAUUUUUUUUCAAAAGCAUAAUUUAUUUUUGCUUAGCAUUAAUCAAUUUUAAAGCCUGAAUUUUGCCUUUAAAGCAAAGGAUGAGGUCUGAACUAUAUAUCAGAGUUCCUGGACAUGGUCAUUAAAUGAGAUUCCUUUGUUUUUGUCUUUUCAUAGUAGUGUAAUUGUAUAUAAGUGACCUUGUCCACUAAGAUUUAUAUUUUAAAGUGAAAGAAAGCAUUUUGCCAAAGCAUUCUUUUUUCCUCUCCUUUUAAAUAAUACUAAGUUCCAUUUUUCUGGAGGUGAACGUGGAUAUACAGUGACGUGACUGGGAGACACAGAGCUUAAGUCCAUCCCGAGCACUGAGGCAUCUGGAUGAUCUGAGGGUCUCAGUCUCGUCCAGUUUGACCCUUUGCUGAGGGUUGACCCUGGCCCUGGGGCACGAGGUCCAUCCUGUGGCGUGUGGGCAGAGGCCACACGUUUCAGGGCCCGGUGCUAAAUCCAGUGACCGGGUGCAGGGGGUCCUGCCCCGAGGGUGGAGCCGGGGGCCUCGCAGGGGAAAGGCCUUGGAGCUGAGGGUUAGGAUGAGCAGGAGUGAGUCAGGAAGGAAAUGACUUUCCAGGCUGUGGAAAGGCGUCAACAAAGGCCUGCGACCUGCAUCAGCCUGGCGCGUGGGGCCCAUGAGGGGCUGGCAUUGCCAGUCUGUCAGGUGCGCAGCUGCGGCCCUGGGGCCUGAGCUCCGGUCACCGGGAGACGCAGCUGCCGGUGGCCACAGGCGUUUACCCAGAGCCUUGUCCGAGUCAGGUUUUCCUGCAGCUGAGGCCGGUGUCAGAGUUUGUUUCUGUGGAAAUCCCUGGAACUGUCCUCUUUACGUCACGCCUGGUAACAAAUCUGGGAACUUGGCGGGGGCACAGCCCCUCGUGGGCGGCCGUGAGGCCGCGCAGAGGCCGUAGCUGGCCCAGCCUUGGCCCGGCUGGUGACAUGCUGAUUCGGUGGCUGCCUCGGCGGCCGGCUUAGCGCCUCGCCUUUGAGGAAGCGCAGCCCUUGAGCUGGGCCAGAGGAGCCCGUCCCGGCCGGCAGUGGCCCUGCCGCGCCACGCAGCGCCCGGCCUUUCGGUGAGCAAGCGGGCGCUGCCGCCCUCGUUGCCCUCCCGGCCUUGAGCCACUCUUGCAGGUCGUGGGUCACUUCAGCGCGCUGUGGUCAAUGGGAGAAAGCGCGCGGCAGGGCCAGGCGCUGGCGGGGAGGACCGUUGCUCUCCAUGCAGUGACAGGGAAGGGGCUCGCAGCCCCCGCCCCCCACGGGCUCGGAACCUUCCAGUUCCAGCCGUGCCACCCGCCUGAGGGUCCUAUGUCCGGACCAUCCGUGGUCAUUUUUAAACUUCAGCUCAACUUUACAACCACGAACUAGACACAGGGCAGCCCUUGGGGUUCUCGUUUGUAAUGUGCCUUUAAGCGUUACCCAUUCCAACAAGCAGCCUAGUCAGGCCUAACACAAGCGAGCAGGCGCUCAAAUUAGCGCUGUCCAGCACCGGAAGGGGAGGAAGGGAAUCCCUCUUUUGUGUUUCUUAUGCCUGGAAAUUUCGGACAGUAUGUCGCCCCUUGUCUAUCAUCGUGGAAACUCCUUAAAAGCCUUGAGGAAGCGUCGGCCUUGGUGACCACUGUUAAGGUCCUUUCCAGGUCAUGAGUCUAUGAUUCCAUGACUGUAGUUAUCGGACUGGCUGAACCGCUACCGGUGACCCGCCCAUCCACUGCCUGGACUGAGGUAAAUGGGAGCACGUCCCACUGCCUUUGUCUUCUGUCACAUCAAGUAAGUUGCUGCCUGUAUUUCCCAUCUAAAGCCCAGGAGGUUUGAAAAAGGUGGUAGAGGUGAGUCAUGAUACCUCUCAUUAAAAACAGGUACGUCAAGGAGUUCCCGUUGUGGUUCAGCAGGUUAAGAGCCCAACUAGUAUCCAUGAGGAUGUGGUUCAACCUCUGGCGUCACUCAGUGGGUUAAGGAUCUGGCGUUGCCACAAGCGGAGGCCCAGGUCACAGAUGAGGCUCGGACCUGGCAUUGCUGUGGCUGUGGUGUAGGUUGGCAGCUGCAGCUCUGAUUCAACCCCUAGCCUGGGAACCUCCAUAUGCCGCGGGUGCAGCCCUAAAAAGCAACAACAGAAAAAAAGCAAAAAAGAAACAGGUACCUCAGGGUAUUCAUCCUUGUGAGUCCAAAAGUGCAUCUGACCUUCAGGUUGGCUGAAAGAACAGAUUUAGAACCCUUGCUAUUUAGGGUCCUGUCUUCUUUAUUUUUCCUCCCUUGGUCCUCUAGGAAGCACGAGAGGUAAACUGUAACAAAAAAAGAGGGACAUGGUGUGAAAAAAUAUUUAUUUCACUUAUACACCCUUUUUCGCACUCAAAUGGACAGCCGCCUCCUGUUGGCAGCAUACCCAGGAUGACGUAUGGGCCACAGCACCUGUGGCGCUGGGAGCCCUGAACUCACAUCUCCGCGUUUCACACCAUCUGCCUUUUUUUCAAUGUACUGUCAUUUUGCAGAAGAAAAUCUUUAUGUGAAAAGAACAAAAACUGUUACUAACUGGACACCCGGGAAGGUGCUAGCCCCACAUUCGUGCCUGCUGACCUGUCUCCACAACCGGGGACAUGGACGCCUCCACCCGCGCGCCCAUCAGCUUUGCGGCCGUGUCGGCACCAGGCUGUAGCUGGCGUGUUGCUUUAUGGACGUCUUUCCCUUUUUGAAACGAGAUUCUCCAAGGGGUCAGGCUGAGACUGUAAUAAGCCCAAAGCCGGAAGCGAUCUCUCAAAUGUGGUUCUAGCCGCACUCUGCUGGCAUCGCCAUGCCUUCUGCCACUGGCAUCCACCAACCAGACCGGGCAGACUCCACACUGACUUCCUGAAUGUCUUUCAGUGGGAAUGAGCACGGCUCUCCCACAGUGUUAAAAUGUCUGUAUCCGGUUCAAAUGCUGCUGAAUGCUGUGAAUGUUUCUGAACUCUGCUCACUUUCCCACUGUGCUUCCCUCUGACCGAAUCAUCCGUGUACCAUGACCAGUGUCAGAGACUCUCAAUGCAACUUACCGCCAUGGUUUAAAAUAAACCUCUGUGGAAACCU